ACUGAAAGAAUAGGCAACCAUUUAUGGCAUUUCGUGCCUCUGCUUGCUGGUAGCAUAAAAUUUAUUUUGCGGAAAAAAUAAAACAAAACAACCAAGAGAUUCGGUAUUUCCAUUGAUGGCAACGUUGCCGUUGACUGUUUUUUCUGAGGGGGAACCAGUGUGUGUGACUGUGUGUGUGCUUUUUGCCCGUGGGGUGUGACGACUUUGUUGUUUUGUUUCACGUCAUGUUUGGUCCACCUACUAUUUUUUUUAUCUCGAAGCCUUGGUGAACGAAAGAAAUACGCAUUUACUUUUCUGUUUUUGCCUUGCAAGUGGCUGCUGUUCUUUGGCUCCUGGAAAAAGAAAAAAGAAAUUCUCAACGUCUUCCCUGUGUACUCCGUAACAUUCUGCUGCUUUACCGUUGUUCCGUAUGGCACCUGCUGUACAGUUAAGUGUUCCAAUUCCCACAUUAUGAGGUCGUUAUCCCAUCUGAUACGACGGGGAAGGGUGUUUGGCGUCAGAACUGGCGCGUCUCGAGACGGAGGCGAUCUAUAGAAUGAGCUGCAAUGGAUAAAGUGAAAAAGGGUAGGUUGGCCAAGAGGGCCAAGUCUUUCAAAGAAGACAUCAUCGACAUACUCUCCAACCUACGAUCACCCCCACACACCAACCAAGUUACUGUGAAACCAAAGGCACUGCCAAUCACUACCACCAUCACCAACGGGAACGAAAAAGAACCCAAAAAUGAAUUACUUUGUUUAAUUGAAGAUCUGCCUUCGUGCAUCACCCUCAAUCAGCACUUCACCAGCGUAAUCAAUAAAAACAUCCUUCAGGUACGUUAUGCCUUGAAGUUCUACGAAGAUGUUGUGGUGAAAAAUACUCUGGAGUUGGUUCCUGGGUCUGCCUCUGUUGUCCUCGAAAUUGUAUUCAGUCUUUUGACCACAUUGGGGAAUGUCUCACCCCCAUCGGGAGAGCACAGCUCUUCUUUAAUAUCAGCAACAAAUCUGGUACACCAGGCCCUCUCUCAACUCAUAAGAUGGUCCGACGACAUUCUACUUCAAACGACGGCGAGUGAUGGAAGGUCAACACCAACAACGACAGAGCCUUCACUUCAAUCGGAAGUGAGAGCCGUCGUAGAUGGCCUCAAAAUCGCCAUCAACGAUCUGGUUCAAGUGGUCAUCCACAAAGCGGCCAACAAAAUCCCACCACCGUCGACUCCUCAAAGCGCCUCGCCUGCUUUAUACGAGGCAUCUCCGUUGCGACUACACAACGAUAAGGAUACUAUUGACGGUUUGCUGCCUGCACCGAGCCUCAAUCGCGUCUCGAAAUCGUCGGAUGGAAGUUUAUUAGAGGACGCACCCGGUAGUGUAGACUGGAGCUCCGAUUCUUUACCUGAGGAGUUGGAUCAGUCACCACCACCGAAACCACCUCUACCACUUAAAGGGCUGCUGAGCGAUUUUGUAGGUGAAAUGGCUGCCUUGUCCAUCGGAGAUCCUUUGACUCCACCUCCAUUACCGCCAAAAAAACGAUCUAUAGGUGGUAGCUUAUCGCCAAUGGGUGGCUGGUCCAUCAGUCCGUUCAGUCCCGGCUGGGGUAACCCGCCUGGCCUCCCUGAUUUAGUGCCCAGUCAACCUUGGUUAAACGAAAGCUUUGAUUCGGUUAUGCACAUAAACUCACUGGCCAUGCAUGGAAUGUUUGAGCAGCAGAGCUCGGAAUCGAGAUGGGAAGCGUCCCAAGAGCGUCGCAGAGAUGUCACAAUGGCCACCAGUUCGACUAGCGUCUUUUCUUCUUCGUCGACUUCUUCGUUUGCUUCCUACAACACCCAUCACCAAUCGUCCUCAUCAGCUUUCCAGUGUUCCGCUACCAAUGCCACCUCUUUAUCCUCCAAAAUGUCAGCCAGCGAGGAUCAUAUGGUUGCCCUUGCCGUCCCGCCAGCCUUGCCGGCCAAACGUCGCCAACGAGCCAAUAGGUUGCCGUCCCAAUACGACAAUGUCGAUCAGACCGACUGUGGCAUUUCACCUUGUUCUUCACUUGCUGGUUUCAUGGCUGUGAAACAAGAAGAAAUGGGAGCGUUUCAUUUUAGUGAAGAGAAACGAGUUCACACCUCGGCAUCGGUCAGCGGUACCACUACGACGUUACAAAUGCAUCGCGAAUUCAGCAGCCGCGUUGAACAGUUGGUGACGAUUAGCAGCGGUAACGACGGCAAUGCACCGCCACUUCCGCCCAAAAAACGACAUGUCAAAGAAUACAUGGCAGCUGUUGGACAAUACUCGCAACCGAGUGAAGUCGAACUCGAACUUUUCAGGAAGACAAUGGAAGAUUACUAUCAAAAGGCAGCUAUGUGGGACACUAGGCAAUCGCGCAGUGAACGUGAAUCAUUUUCAUCGCGAACCAACAACUAUGUAGUCGCUCCCCCUCAUCCGCCACCGAUAUUGCCACCCAAAAGGGGUAGAUCGUCCAUUAACUCGUCAACGGUGCUACCCCACCACGAAAUCUCAGCAACGUCGAUGGCACAUCUACCCGAAGCUGACACGCAGCCCAUCACCCGGCCACUUGCCUCAAUCAAAGCGCCACCUCCCAGUAACACUAAUGGUAUAGACAAGGUCGACCCAGAAUCGGACAACGAAGAUGCUAUGGAGAAGGUUGACCUCAGUUCGGAACUCGUUCUGAAGCAACCAGAAGAUGAGGGCCCAGAAGUGCGUGGUGGUAGCCUGGACGCUCUAAUCACGCACGCAGCGAAACUCAACAAGGACGACUACUUUUAUCAGACAGCAUUUUUAGCUACGUACAGGACGUUCAUUACCCCGUCUGAACUAACGCGCAAACUUAUUCAUCGAUUUCAUCACUUCGUACGCUCACCGGAUGUUCAUCUCCAACGUGUCGGUCGCAGCGCUUUCUCUUUGUUGAUUGGUGUGGUGGACGACCUUGCCCUUUCCGAAUUGGAAGAUAAACUGAUGCGUCAAAUCAUCGACUUUCAAAGCCAGCUUAUCAGUAGUGGUGACCUUGUCUUGGCCAAAGCACUCCGAAAGAAGUUCCUCGAAAAAUGUACUGCCCGUCGUCUCAGAAUUACUAGCUCUCAGGUCCCCCCGGUGCUAACCAGUCUUGGUGUAACGACGCGACAGAGUCACCUCUUGGAUUUCAAAUCGGGAGAGUUAGCCGAGCAGAUGACAAUGUUGGACGCGGAUCUUUUCUUGCGCAUCGAAAUUCCCGAGGUGCUCGUUUGGGCUCAAGAACAAAACGAAGAAAAAUCGCCCAACUUGAAUCUAUUCACGGAACACUUUAACAAAAUGUCCUACUGGGCACGUUCCAGAAUCCUGGAACAGCAAGAAGCUCGUGAUCGGGAACGCUAUGUCGUGAAAUACAUUAAGAUAAUGAAGCAUUUAAGAAGAUUGAACAACUUUAACUCGUAUCUUGCCCUGCUCUCUGCGCUCGAUUCGGCACCGGUGCGUCGAUUAGAGUGGCAGAAAUCCAUCACCGAUGGACUCCAGGAAUAUUGUGCUCUGAUCGACAGUUCAUCUUCAUUCCGAGCUUACCGACAAGCAUUGGCUGACACACAGCCACCUUGCAUCCCGUAUAUCGGCCUUAUCUUGCAGGACCUGACCUUCGUGCACAUCGGGAAUCCGGACACGUUAAGCGACGGCCGGAUCAAUUUUGGCAAACGCUGGCAGCAAUUCCACAUAUUGGAAAACAUGCGUCGUUUCCAAAAGUGUCACUACCAGUUUAAACGCAACGAUCGUAUCGUCGCCUUUUUCAACGAGUUUAACGACCAUCUUGGUGAAGAGAGUAUGUGGCAGAUAUCGGAAUCGAUUAGGCCUAGAGGGUCGAACAACAGUUCAACUUCGGCCAAAAAGUGAAAUGAGAAAAGGCGAUCAUGUUUUAUCGGACAUCUUGUUUUGUUUUUAAUCACAGAGAAUCACACUCUUGCAAUCAAGACCCAGACAAUUCUUAAUAAGGAAGAAAUUAGCACAAAAUAUUUUAUCGUCGUAUGUUUUUAACUUUGCAAAAUGGGUCGUUGUUGUUGGUAUGUCUCGUUGUUUAUGGUAUGUUUGUUCAUUUUUAUCCGUGAUUGUUUGUUUUGUAAGUGUUAAUGUUAGAAACAGAAAUCAGUCGUAAGGGAUUGAAUUGACUUUGAGACAGCUGCAAAAUUUGUACUUCAAUCAUGUUUAUUGCGCAUAGCCACUGUUUCUAUGUGUGUAAACCAUCAUAAAAUCACGUACUUUAUGUUAGAAUCAAAAAGAACCUGCCGCGAUGGGAGAGUUCUGCAAGUGAAAUUACGGAGACUUAAGGAUCGAAAAAUGCAUUUUCAUUGUAUGUGUUAUUGCUGGUUAUCCGUGAACUCGUUUUCACUUAUUGUAAACCUUGUGUCCCACUCAACGCGUCUAUCUUGCUAUUUUGUUCACUAGCCCAGUUGGUUUUCUAGAGCCACCUUUAAAAUAAUUGGAUAUUGGAAUAAAUAUUAUAUAAUCCAA